AUGUAUAAUAGACAUCAGAACUGUUUGUCCAAUCAUUUCCACCCGCAGAACCACUUCUCUUAUGGCUGUCAACCACAGAACCUCAUCUCCUGUGGGUAUCGACCACUGAAUUUUGUGUCCAGUGCCUGCCCUCCUUUGAGAUAUCUCUCCUAUGACUGUGAACCUCUCAGUUAUGUGUUCAGCAGCUUCAGGCCCCUGGACUAUGUGUCUAGUAGGUUUCAACCUGUUCUCUACAUAUACAAAAGUUUCCAACCAGCUUGCUCCUUUGGGACUUGGCAAACUCCAUUUAUUAGAAGAUCAUGCUGA